AUGACUAGGGUCAUUGUGUUGCUUUGUCUAGCGUUUUACAGCUCGGCUGAAAGCAUCGCCAACUCUGAGCCGCUUGUAAAUGUUAGUUAUCAUACCAGCAAAGCCCAGACAUAUUCCAUGCCAAAUGACUUGUUGCUAACGCAAGAAAACAGUGCUGAAGCCAGAGCCCCUGAUCUUGCCUCCUUGGUUUUGGACCUUGAGGGAUCAAAGGUGAUGCUGGGAUCACUCGGAGUGGGCGCAAGUCAUCGGGGAGCCGUCUUUAAUACUGACGAUAUUAUUGCUAAAGACGUUCUUAUAAGGAUGCAAGGUCGAGAUAACAUCUCCACGUGUCAAAGAUGGCCACACACAGUCUCUUCAAGGAACUUUGAGCCGCAUGAGAAGGUCGAUCUGGUGGAUUUAAUCGGCAGUGUGAAGUAUCGUACGUGGGAAAGCGCGGUGGUCUACAUCUGCAAAAACAAAAAGGAUCUGGCUAGAUCCAGCAUUGUCGAAGUCUUGACGACUGAGUAUGGAGACCAGACUCUGUGUGAUGCACUGAAAGUCAAGCAAGCUAUGAAUGAGCACGAUGAAGUCGCACGUUCAUUAAGCGACGCACAGGUACAUAUGUGGGCGACAACCGGUAAGGAUCCGGAAAAUGUUUUUAUGUGGCUCAAAGGUAGUGGAAACGGCGACUUUUUCAAACCUAUAUUACGUAGAGGGUGGGAGACUUUCGUUAAGUAUCGUAAUCGAGGCGAAAACCCGUACGAACUGGUGAUCGAGGUACUGAAGAAGCUCCAUCAUCGUGAUGGAGAGGACGAAGUCGAUCAGAUGCUAGCUGACAUCUUAACGAAUGCCGUGAAAGACAAGGUCGACGUUGUAACUUAUAGGCCGUUUCAAAAUGCGCUGUUGAAGACCUGGAGAAAAGCUGAUAUGACGCAUGAUCGCGUAGAACACUUGCUGUGGCUUGAAGACCCGAUCAGUGAGCGUGUGAAGCGAGAGAUAGUCGGGAUGUUGCUUGACUACGAAAAUACGCCGAAAGAGGCAUAA